AUGAAGAAAAUGGUAUUUAUAGUGGUGGAGUUCAUUGCUUUGGCAGCUCAAAUUAACUUUCAUUACAUAUAUGCGAGCAAAAGUAAAGUUCCAAACAUAUUUGCUGGGGUAUAUAAUACAACUGUUCAAGUUAGAGUUGAAUAUAUCAAUCUAACACAUCCCAAGUCGUUCGAGUCGUCUCGCGAUAUUAUGGCCGAGAGUGCUGAAGUGAUAUCGUCAAGUUCCCGAAAAUGGAAGAUCCCAAUAUUUGUUUUCUUCAGAGAUGCUAGCAAUGUAUUCAAACGGGACGAGCUAGGGAUCGAAAUACUGCGGAUUGCAUUCCCAGCGGCCCUGGCGUUGGCUGCCGACCCUAUUGCGUCUUUGAUCGACACUGCAUUUAUCGGCCACUUGGGUCCGGUAGAAAUUGCUGCCGUGGGAGUAUCGAUAGCUAUAUUGAAUCAGGCCUCCAAAGUCACCAUUUUCCCACUCGUUAGCAUCACCACCUCAUUUGUGGCCGAGGAAGACACCAUUGAGAGAAUCAAGAUCAACAGUCUGAAUUCGAAAAAUGAUGACUCGGAAAAAGGGUCAAAUAAAAACGAAAAAUCAAAAUCUGCCAUUUUAGAAGAUGAUCACUCCACGAACGAGGACUCGCGUGCAAAACAAGAAGCUCAAGAAAAUGAACAAAAGAAGCCCACAUGUGAGCCUCUAGAUGCUUCUCAAUAUAAGACGAAAAACGAGCGUCGUCAUAUUCCUUCUGCAUCAACCGCACUUCUUCUUGGUGCUGUUCUUGGCCUACUUCAAACAUUGUUCCUUAUACUCCUCGCCAAACCUUUGCUAGGUGUCAUGGGCAUCAAAUCCAGAUCUCCAAUGUUAGCCCCUGCACAAAAGUAUCUAACAAUAAGAUCAUUCGGGGCUCCAGCUGUUCUUCUUUCCUUGGCAAUGCAAGGCGUUUUUCGAGGCUUUAAGGAUACUAAAACUCCUCUCUAUGCCACUGUUGCGGGAGAUUUGACAAAUAUAAUUUUGGACCCGAUUUUCAUAUUUGUUUGCCGAUGGGGUGUGAGUGGUGCAGCCAUUGCGCAUGUCCUUUCACAGUACUUGAUCAGUCUGAUUCUUGUGGUCAAAUUAAUGAAACAAGUCCAUCUGCUUCCUCCAAGUUUAAAAGACUUGCAGUUGGGCAAAUUUCUCAAGAAUGGUCUCCUUUUGCUAGCAAGAGUUAUAGCGGUGACGAUUUGUGUGACUUUGGCAGCCUCAAUGGCUGCAAGGCUCGGAGCAACUCCAAUGGCUGCCUUUCAGAUAUGUCUACAGGUGUGGAUGACAUCAUCCUUACUUGCUGAUGGUUUGGCAGUUGCAGGACAGGCAAUUCUUGCUUGUGCUUUCGCCGAGAAAGACUAUCAGAAAGCUACGGCUGCUGCCGUUCGGGUGCUUCAGAUGGGAUUCGUGCUAGGACUCGGUCUUGCCGUAUUUGUGGGGCUCGGACUUCAGUUUGGAUCAGGAAUAUUUACCAAGAACCAAAAUGUUAUUCGAAUGAUCGCAAUAGGAAUCCCGUUUGUUGCAGCUACACAACCUAUAAACUCCUUGGCAUUUGUGUUUGAUGGUGUAAAUUUUGGAGCAUCUGACUUUGCAUAUUCUGCAUAUUCCAUGGUUCUUGUGUCCAUUGUAAGCAUUGGAUCCUUGUUUGUGCUGUCUAAAAGUAAUGGUUUUGUUGGUAUAUGGCUUGCUUUGACCAUUUACAUGACCUUAAGAACAUUUGCUGGUUUCUGGAGGAUGGGAACAGGAACAGGACCGUGGCACUUUCUUAAGGGUCGAACUCAAUCAUCAGCGCCAAACAACAUAUGA